AUGCAGUCAAAGCCCUUCCCCACACAUACAUCUACGCUCGUCAUCGGCGGCGGGCCAGCUGGAAUCGUCUCGCUGAAAUACGUUCAGGAGUAUGGGCGGAAAUUCGGCUUGCAGGGGGAUGGUGAUGGGGAGGAUUCGGUCCUGGUCGAGAUGGAAGCUGAGAUCGGGGGGACGUUCAAAUAUCGAGCCUACCAAAAUGCAGAGCUUGUCAGCUCCAAGCAGUUGACCUGCUUCUCUGAUUUCAGGUAUCCCCUGGACGCGCCUGACCAUCCUUCACUCCCCAACUUCGUACAACACCUGAAUGACUAUGCGACGCACUUCUCGCUCUGGCCUAAUAUCCACUGCCGAACCAAAGUGGUCCACCUGGACCGGAUCGGCGCCAAGGAGAAUUCCGGCGGAUACCUCCACCGCGCGACGCUGCGACGGGUCGAUGGCGAGGGCAAGGAGACCGGCGAGUCAUUCACCAUCAUCGCCCGUCGCGUCGUCAUUACUACCGGACUGCAUGUCGAGCCAAAUAUCCCCCUCAUCCCUGGUCUCAACUCUGAACCUACGCCCAACUCCCCAGAAUGGAUCCACUCGUCCUCGUACAAAUCGCACGAUCAGCUCCGGGGCAAGGAGGUCUUGGUCCUCGGUGCGGGCGAAACGGGAAUGGACGUCGCGUACGAGUCGGUCAUCUCGCCCGCAAAGAAGGUCUCGAUGGGCGUCCGGGGCGGGUUCCUGUCAUUCCCCAAAGUUCUCAAUAACUUUCGGGUUCUCGGCUCCACGUUCGACGGCAACUUGCCCAUCGAUGGGUUGAUCACCAACCUCUUUGAGACGGCGUAUGUUCAUCCAUGGGUCGCAGCGAGCCAUCUCAGGUGGUUCGUCUCGGAUUUCGUCAUCCGGCGGGUACUCUGGGUCCUCACUGGUACCCAGGCGGGAUGUAACCAGUGGGCAGGUGAGCUUCCUCCAGAGCGGCAAGGAAGGGCGUAUGUCUUCCUCAACAAAUCGGCCAAGGCGAUGCAGUUCAUCAACCGCCCUUACCGCAAGAUGUCACGGCUGCACCAGCUGCUCGCGCACUAUAUCGACCCACCCGUGCCGGAGGGCGUCACCGACCCGACGAUCCACAUGGUGCCGUUCCCAAGCAAGUUCGAUUCGGAGGGAAGGGCGGUGUUUCCCCGUCCCCCGAAGCACAGGGAGAAGGAGACGGGCUGGAAGGAGGAAUGCAAGCCGGACCUGGUCGUGCUGUGUACUGGAUACAAGCAGGACUUCAAGUGGCUCGGAGAGGGAUAUCCUAGCGGGCCGGAGAGUGUGGAUGUGAGAGGGGUCUGCUCCAGCAAGGACACGAGUGUUGGCUUUAUUGGGUUCCUCAGGCCUGGAGUCGGCGCCAUACCGCCAAUGGCAGAGAUGCAAAUUCAGCUCUUCCUCGCCCUUACUGCCAACCGCGUCCCCAUCCCCUCUUCACCAGAAACAUACCACCUCCUGCACGCGUCGACCGGUCGGAUCCAGUAUGGAGUCGACUAUAGCACAUACCAGGCUCAGUUGGCGCGGGACAUCGGAUCUGCGCCCACUCUGCGCGAGCUGUGGAGGGAGCAUGGGUGGUUUGUGGUUUUCAUCUACUGCUUUGGCGCCGCCUUCCCCACUUUUUACCGCUUGACCGGGCCCUAUCGAUCCGCGUCGGCACCCAAGAUUGUUCGGACCGAGCUGUGGGACACCAUCAAGCGUCGCGGGGUCAUCGGCAACAUCUUUAUGGGGGUCAUUCCGAUGGCAUUCUACGCGCUUGUCAACCUCACAGCGUAUCUUCUGGAGAUGGUUUGGAUUCUAGCGGCGCCGCUGUUCGGAUACAGGUAG